CUUCGUUUCAAAGAUAGCGGUCGACCUGAAACCUAAUCUUCAAAUGAUGGAGUCAGUGACAUCGGUCUAGGAAGUCUCAUUUAAUAGACCCGAAAGCAGCCAUUUGGGCUACUGCUAUUGUGGACUCAAACUCAAACUCCAAGGCUUUACAGAUCAAAAGAUUUUAAGUCUCCAGAAGCUACGAUUCGACUCACCUCAUCGGCAAGGGUUUCGAAGUUUGUGGCCUGGAUUCACCGUUUGGAAUUCAGUGCACAGUGAUAGGGCUCGAUUAUUGGUCUCAUGAACUUCACCACCGGUAGUCCGGUCUUUGCCAAGACCUCCAUUGACUUGGAAUCACCGUACUUUGUCACGCCUCAUCCGGAUGAGGCUUUGGCGGCUUGUACGAACAUGGUGUUACGACAAGACCUAAAGACCCUUUUAAACUGGCAGUGGUGGAUCAACGGGGUGUUCACCAGCGUGGUUCUUACUUUUGGAUUCACUGGCAAUUUCGUUUCAAUAUUCGUGUUGUUGCAACCCAAGAUGAGGAACUCGUUUAACCAGCUUUUGAUUGCUCUCUGCAUUUGCGACACCUUCUUCAUCUUUUGCAAUAUCUUGAAGGUUGGCUCGGCCUUUGGUCACAAAGUCCCAAAAUAUUUGUCGAUAUUGGACAAAUUACUGGAUGUGCUGGCUCAAGUGUCGAUGUGCUCGUCCGUGCUCAUGAUUGUGGCUUUCACCUUCGAGCGUCAUUUUGCAAUCUGCUCACCUCAUCAGUACCGCAUUCACAUUUGUACCACGCCUCCCUGGAAGCACCUCUCCUACUAUGUGGUGCCCGUCACAUUGCUCUCAUUCUUCUUCAAUAUUCCGAUGUUCAUGAACCUUGAUCCCUCUUGGAUGUUAAAUCCGACUUACGUCAAAAUAAACCUGUGGCUUAGAGUGCUUCACCCACUAACGACCACAGGCGUGGCUCCGAUAGCCAUCCUGAUAUUUCUAAACAUCCGGAUUUGUAAAGGGAUCAUCCUGCUUCAUCAGCGACGGACCAAUCGCAACAUCAAAGAGAUUCGAAUGACUUAUAUCGCUAUAGCCAUAGUCACUUUAUUCAUCAUUUUCAACCUUCCCCGGAUCGUGGCCGGCGCUCAUGAGGUGUUCCACACGCAGCUGAUUAUUCGGUGUAUUCAAAACAAUAUUCAAUAUAUUCCGGACUUGAUGUUCUUCCAAAGUGACACGGUGGCCCGAUUUUUCAUGAUUUUAAAUUCCUCCGUCAACUUUCUAGUCUACUGUGCGGGUAGCAAGGCAUUUCAGGAAGUGUUUUGUGAACGAAUUCUUAAAUGUCGACCGAAGAUGGUGGAAUCCAAUGGUGUUCCACGUGAUGACGAGGACGACGAAGACGCGGAUGAGCAUGAAGAGAGGCCGGCGUCAGCCAAAGAGGAGAAUAGAAGAGUAAUAGUGAGACUCAAGGAUUCUUCUUCAUCCAGCACCAGAUCAAAUGAACUCAAUAAGACCUUCAAUGGAGAUCUGACAGUGGUCCAAAUUGAAGAGAUGCCAAUGGAGAACAAAAGUUGUCAAAGUCAUCUCGACGAAGAUCCAGUUGCAUCCAGUAUGAAUGCAAGAGAGAAUGGAACAUGCUCAAUUCAAUCACAGGAGGAAGAUAAACACGAAUUGAGCGCCCAAACAUACAUCAAAAAUGACUUGACUAAUAUUUUCGGUAUGAAAGUUGGUGUGGCCGAGACGCAUGUAUAAUUUGAUAAGAUUUUGCACUACAUGCUGCGAUUAUAGGUACGGUAAACAUUGCAAUACAGUCAUUCAAUUCCCACCGGUGAA